AUGGAGGCUCCUAACAUCCAGCUCCUGAGAGUGAUCCAGGAAAUGCGGGCAGAGAUCAACACACUGCAGAAAGAGAAUCAAGCCCUCCGGCUGAAACUGACCUCAAGUAAUCAGAGAGCCUCGGGCUCAGGGGGAGAAUCGGGAGAUGAAAGGGAAGAAGAAGCACCUGGACAUUCCCCAGCAACGCUUCCUGGGGCCGUUUCCACUGACUCAGCAGCGCCAGCCGUGCGGGAACACCAAGGCAAUAUCAUGAUUGUUAGACGCUAUUCCAUUUCCUCAUCAGUUCAUUCACCUGCUGUAAAUGAUCCCUGGAAAGCUGGGAAAAGACAUCCAAAUGGCAGAAUUCUAGAAGCUCAGGGAACACUUAAAUCACUGGCAUGUUCUUCAAUUAAGAAGCAAGCCAAUGAAAAAGAGAUGUUUGCAGCAGAUUCUGUUGCCAGCAACAGUCCCAGCCAAAGAGCUUCUCCUGAACAUGUUUUUGGUUGCAGGGACAAGAUAAAGACAGUCAGUUUCCUGUUACCCAAGGACAUGACUUCAUAUUCCAAAAAUUCCAGCUCUUUGAAAUACUCACCAAAUCAGACCACAAACCAACUAAGUAUCAUUGCAGAAUAG